AUGCUCCCUUUCACCCGCGCCCGCCGCAUCUGGGUCUGCACCCGGUGCACCCGUCGCGCGGGCCCGUCGCCGCUCCGGCAUCAGCACCAGCACCAGCACCAGCACCAGCACCAGCACCAGCACCUGCUCCUGCUCCAGCUGCAGCGCCGCCGACACCGACGAUGGGCAACAACCGCAGCCGAGGCCGCGCGGCCGCCGCCCUCGCCCUCGCCCUCGCCCUCGCCGCCCGCUGACCGCCGCGCCAGCUCCCGCGGCGACGACGCCCUCCUCCGCCUCCUGUUCGACGCCCCCUCCUCCGUCCCGUCCCUGUCCCGUCUCGGCCUCGGCCUCGGCCUCGGCCUCCGCAAGAGCCACGGCCUGUUCAACAACCGCCAUCUCACCACCCCCGACGGCUUCCACGUCUUCGCGCAGAGCACCCUGCGGCGGGCGACGCGCCUCGUGCGCCGCGUCCUGGCCGCCGCGUCCGUCGCCGAGUACCGCGCCGUCGUCCGCGACCUCGACCGCCUCAGCGACCUGCUGUGCCGGGUCCUCGACCUCGCCGACUUUGUGCGCAUGACGCACCCCGACCCGCGCUUCCAGCACGCCGCCGCCAAGGCGUGGUCCGCCGUGUACCAGUACAUGAACCAGCUCAACACCAUGGCCGGCCUGCACCACCAGCUGGCCGAGGCGCUGUCCCGCCCGGACGUCGCGUCCGCCUGGUCCGAGGAGGAGAGGGCCGUCGCCCAGCUGCUCCAGCUGGACUUUACCAAGUCGGCCGUCAACCUGCCCCAGCGGGCGCGCGACCGCUUCGUCGACCUGUCCUCGCGCAUCAGCGACGUCGGCUCCGCCUUUGUGCAGCACAUGCGGCCCGCCGUCGGGGAGGUCGCCCUGCCGGCCCACCGCCUCCAAGGCAUGCACCCGGGCCUGGCCGCCGCCGCCGCCGCCGCCAGCCACGGGCUGCGCUCGCACAUCUCCGUCGCCACCACCGGCUCCGAGGCCGCCGCCGCCCUGCAGAGCGUCCGCGACGGCGACGCCCGCCGCCAAAUCUACCUCGCGCAGCGCACCGCCUCGCGCGGCACCCUCGACCGCCUCGAGUCCAUGCUCCGCCUCCGCUCCGAGCUGGCCAAGCUCGCCGGCUUCGAGAGCCACGCGCACAUGGCCCUCAAGGACCGCAUGAUGGCCAAGACGCCCGCCUCCGUCGCCAAGUUCCUCCUCGCCCUGCGCGAGCACAACGCCCCCGCCGUGCGCGCCGAGCUCGCCGAGCUCGCCGACCGGAAGCGCCGGCACCUCGCCGUGCCCGACGCCAGCCUGCAGGCCUGGGACCGCGACUUUUACAUGGAAAUGAUCCGCGCCGAGACGCGCCCGCGCGCCCCCCACCCCGACCCCCACCCCGCGCACCAGCUGUCCGCCUUCUUCUCCGUCGGCACCGUCAUGCAGGGCCUGUCCCGCCUCUUCGACCGCCUGUACGGCGUGCGCUUCGUCCCGCGCGAGGCCCGGCCCGGCGAGGUCUGGCACCCGGACGUCAAGCGCCUCGACGUCGUGUCCGACGACGGCGGCGAGCUGCUCGCCGUCCUGUACUGCGACCUGUUCUACCGCCCGCAAAAGUCCCCCAACCCGGCCCACUUCACCAUCCGCUGCUCCCGCGAGAUCCUCGCCGAAGAGCUCGACGAGGCCGCGCGCGACAUGGCCUCCUCCUCCUCCUCCUCCUCCUCCUCCACUGUCUUCGACUCCCCCGAGCAGGCCGCCAACGACGGCAUGGAGACGUCCUGCCGCGACGGCAAACUCAUGCAGCUGCCCACCAUUGCCCUCGUCUGCGACUUCCCCAAGAGCGCCUCCGCCCGUGAGCCCGCCCUCCUGUCCUACGCGUCCGUCGAGACGCUCUUCCACGAGAUGGGCCACGCCAUCCACUCCAUCCUUGCGCGCACCAGCUUCCAGAACGUCUCGGGCACCAGGUGCGCCACCGACUUCGCCGAGCUGCCCUCCACCCUGAUGGAGCAUUUCGCCGCCGACCCCGCCGUCCUGUCCCUCUUCGCCCGCCACUGGAAGACCGACCGCCCCCUGCCGUACAGCCUCGUCCAGGAGCGCAUCGGCGUCUCCAGGCGCUUCGAGGGCAUCGACACGGAGCACCAGAUCCUCCUCGCCAUGGUCGACCAGGCCUACCACUCCGCCGCCGCCGACAGCCUGCCCUUUGACUCGACCCGCGUCUUCCACGAGAUCCAGCACCGGUACGCUCACGGCCCCAAGGACCCCCCCGGCACCAGCUGGCAGGGCUUUUUCGGCCACCUCCACUCCUACGGCAGCACCUACUACAGCUACCUCUUCGACCGGGUCCUUGCCGAGCGCGUGUGGCGAGUCGUCUUUCGCGCCGGACAAGGCGGCGCUGCCGUCUGCCGGGAAAACGGCGAGCGUCUCAAGCAGAAUCUCCUCAAAUGGGGCGGCGGACGCGACCCCUGGAGAUGUCUCUCGGAUACACUCGACGACGAGAGGCUUGCCGCCGGGGACGAAGAGUCCAUGGCCUUGGUGGGCAGCUGGGGUAUAAAAGACGAUCGUCAAACCCGCUCAUGA